AUGUAUCUAUCUAUUAUCAGUUCAUAUCUAUCUAUCUAUCUAUCUAUUAUCAGUUCAUAUCUAUCUAUUCUCUAUCUAUCUAUCUAUCUAUCUAUCUAUUAUCAGUUCAUAUGUAUGUAUGUAUCUAUCUAUCUCAUCCAUCUAUCUAUCUAUCCAUCUAUCUAUUCUCAGUUCAUAUGUAUGUAUGUAUUCAUCUAUUAUCAGUUCAUAUCUAUCUAUCUAUCUCUAUCUAUCUAUCUAUCUAUUAUCAGUUCAUAUCUAUCUAUCUAUCUAUCUAUCUAUCUAUCUAUCUAUCUAUUAUCAGUUCAUAUCUAUCUAUCUAUCUAUCUAUCUACCCAUUCUCAGUUCAUAUGUAUGUAUGUAUCUAUCUAUUAUCAGUUCAUAUCUAUCUAUCUAUCUAUUUAUCUAUCUAUCUACCUAUUCUCAGUUCAUAUGUAUGUAUGUAUCUAUCUAUUAUCAGUUCAUAUCUAUCUAUCUAUCUAUCUAUCUAUUAUCAGUUCAUAUGUAUGUAUGUAUCUAUCUAUUAUCAGUUCAUAUCUAUCUAUCUAUCUAUCUAUCUAUCUAUCUAUCUAUCUAUUCUCAGUUCAUAUGUAUGUAUGUAUCUAUCUAUUAUCAGUUCAUAUCUAUCUAUCUAUCUAUCUAUUAUCAUCUAUGUAUGUAUGUAUCUAUCUAUUAUCAGUUCAUAUCUAUCUAUCUAUCUAUCUAUCUAUCUAUUAUCAGUUCAUAUGUAUGUAUGUAUCUAUCUAUUAUCAGUUCAUAUCUAUCUAUCUAUCUAUCUAUCUAUCUAUUAUCAGUUCAUAUGUAUGUAUGUAUCUAUCUAUUAUCAGUUCAUAUCUAUCUAUCUAUCUAUCUAUCUGUCUGUCUGUCUGUCUUUUCCAUUAA